AUGGGGGGAGAGGUAGCAAAUGAUAUGGAACUGCCUCUGUCCUGGGCAGCUAGCGGGCAGUCGAUCCUCAAGCUCAACAUCCGCCAUCUGUGGUUAUGUGGUGUGUGGCAACUACCUGGUUCCCGGAUGUUUGAAGCGUACGGGGCUUUGGGCCUGGCGCUGGGCGUCUGGAACGCGAUAGAGGGUUCGCUGGCCAUCUAUUACAGCUGGGGGGACAUGGAGGAGACGACACUGGUGCUUACCAGUACCGUAUACAUCGGCUGCAACACCAUCAAGAUGGCCUUCUCCAGGCGCAACCGGCGGCAGUACUACGCGCUGGCUCGACGCGUGCAGACUCUCGUGUCCCUGCAGAGUGAGUCCUGCUUCGCGGAUCCUGCCUUGGCCGGCAUCCAGAAGGACUCCCAGAGGCUCGCGCUCCGCCUCACCCUGGGAAUACUGCUCUUCAUGUUCGCGCAGUGCUUCGUGUGGUUCCCCACGCCGCUCGUGGCGCAUCCAGGAGAGCGCCGCCUGCCGCUGGUACAACACGCCUGGGACAACAACACCAACUACUACGCUCUGUCGUACGCCUCGCAGUGCGUCAUAGGAGCGUGGACGAGUCAGCUGGGCUACAGCGUCGACCUGCUGUUCAUGGCCGUCAUGAUUCUCGUGGCCGCGCAGCUGCGGAUACUUUCGCUGCGCAUAGCCAGUCUGAAAACGGAGGACUGCGAAGAAAAUCUAGAAGAUGGGGAGAGACGCAUGAACGGCAUGCCAGCAGACACCUGCGAUAAAAUGUACGAAAAUUUGUGUCUUUGUAUCGAAACUCAUCAGAAAAUUCUCAGGUUCAUUAAGCACUUGCAGAACACUAUGAGUUCCGUCGUAGUGACGCAGUUCUGCUGCUGCGUUCUCGUGGCGUGUGUGGCAUUAUUUCAAGCGACAUACAGUACAGACUUCAGUGCAGUUCUCAUGUGCGCCUCUUUCCUUCCGGUACCAAGUAGUCACGUGUUCCUUUACUGCUGGGCCGCACACAAUGUAACCGAGCAGGCAGAGGUGGUAGUGUUCUCAGCAUACAGCUGUUCCUGGGUAGAGGCAAGUGGGCGUUUCAAGCGCGCUCUCAGGAUCCUCAUCAGCCGCGCCCAGAAACCACUGGUUCUCACUGCUGGACACAUCUACCCUAUCAACAGGGAAGCCUUCGUCUCUCUGGUGAAUGCAUCCUAUUCAUACUAUGCGUUGUUGGGUCAAAUGAACAGACGUUAG